CGGUGGUCUAGACGUCAAAGUCACUAACAACGUCCCAAACGUAGACUGCAGCUUUGACGGCGAUUCACUUAGCGUUUUGGAUGAGAUUCCGCUCUUGAAGAACUUUGCAAAGGAUCUGAAGGAUAAAUUAGAGGCAGCGAAGAGAGCGGUGCUGGGGUUGGUGAGGGAUCAUAUUUCGAAAUUUAUGAUGGCUCAGGAUACGGCGAAACAGUUGUCGGAUGCGCUGAAUGGACAGGGGAGGUUUGUUUUUCCUGGUGGAGGGACUUUUGAUAUAAAGGAUCCGAUUUUUAGUAAUAAUGGGGAUGUGUUGAUUGGGUUGUCUUAUAGGCAAGGGAAAGAUGAGUCGGCCUAAUGGUCAGGCAUGCCUUGGAUGUCAAGACAUUGUUAC